AUGUAUCCACCUAAUCGCAAGUACAAGCUGAAACCACACAUAAAAGAGCGCGAGCAUAAAGCCAGGGUACGGGAGACGAAUGCGCAAAUGUGGAAAGAGUUUAGGGAUCGGGAGUAUGCUAAGCAUACGUCUCGCUCUCAUUAUGAUGGAUCUAAACUGGAGUUCACGAGAUGGCUUGAUUAUAUCCUGCAAGUGCGGGAUACGUACCGCAAGCAAGGAGUCAACCUACCUGGCGAUGAUCUAGAGUUCAUUCAACAGUACUUGGAGAAGUACAGGAAGACGAUGGCUGCUCCUCUUCCCAAGACCUAUACUCCCAAUCUCGAGCAGCUAGACGUCCGCCGCCGUCUCCGCGACUCGGAACUCGAAGCCGCGACCCGACCCAAACUUCCCACUGCUCUCCCACCUGAUGACGAAGCCGAGCUUUCAAGAUUCCUGAACACACCCGGCCAAGUGUCCAAAUGUGCCAGGGAAGCUGUCACCGCUGCCGACCUCAGACGGUUAAACCCAGGCCAAUGGUUGAACGACGAGGUUAUCAACUUCUACGGCGCGAUGAUCAAUCAGAGGGCGGAGAAUGGAAAGGCGAAGGUGAAGAGGGGUAAAGUGUUGAAUGCGUACUACUUCAGCACGUUCUUCUGGACCAAGUUGACGAAGGAGGGGUAUGAGAAGGGGAGGUUGGCCAAGUGGACGAAAAAGGUUGACAUCUUUUCGAAAGAUAUCGUUUUGAUACCCGUCAACCACUCGAAUAGUCAUUGGACUGCUGCUGCUAUCAACUUCAAGUUGAAGCGCUUCGAGUCGUAUGAUAGUUUGGAUAUGGCUGGAGAGGAGGUUUGUCAGACUUUGCGCGGAUACGUCCAAGCGGAGCAUAUGAACAAGAAGAAGAAACCGUUCGAUUUCAGUGGUUGGGAAAACUAUGUAGCCGAGGACAACCCCAAGCAACAAAACGGAUACGACUGUGGAGUGUUCACAUGUCAAACGCUGGAGUCUCUCUCCCGAGGCGAAAACACGCUCAUCUUCACGCAGAAGGAUAUGCCCUACCUUCGCAAGAGGAUGCUUUGGGAGAUUGGCAAGGCGCGGUUUAGGGACGACUAG